AUGAACACCAGCGCUAUUUUUACCGUAACCCGACCGAGCGAUCAGCCUCCUCCCACAUCGCGAGAUAAGUUCGUCUUCAAGAAUCGUACACGCUUUAUUAUUCUACUACUAUGUACACUAUGCUUAUCGAUUGCACAAAGCAACACUCUUACGUUGAACUUUACCGUUAUUUGUAUGGCCGGCGACCCGAUCGAUAUCGAUCAAUACAACACUUCCGGCACCAUUUUUCUAACCGCCAAUGGCACUUAUUACGAGACUGGUAGUUCGUCGUAUUUACUGGAAUAUGAUGAAGCAGUAUUUGCUAGACGGCACUAUGCCUACUCGUCUAAUGAAAAGAACAUGCUGUUCUCGUUUGUGGCCAUCGGUGCCAUGGUGGCCGUCUAUCCGGUCAUGUGGCUGAUUCAGAAGUUUGGCACUCGAUCCAUUGUGACGAUAUUCGGUUUUUUCUCUGCACUCUGCACUGCUCUUAUCCCACUGUGUGCAUAUCUCGGUUUCUACUGGAUGGUUGUGAUGCGAUUUCUACAGGGAACUGGCCUUUCGACCGGAUUCACUCUAAUUGGUAUUGUUACUCGACAAUGGUCAAUGCAAAAGCAGAGCGCUUUCUUCAUCGCAUUUCUCACAUGCUUUUUCCAGGUGAGAAGCUGGACUGUCAAAGGAGGUAGUGCACAGCAGUCUCGGAUCCCAUAG